AUGCGGUGUGGGGAUGAAAUCCCUCCUGGAAUGUCGUCCUUCUGCGACCAUCCAAGGUCGGCUAUCACUAUCAGCUAUCAUCCAGGAUCGGAUGGAGAGGACCGAGUUGUCUCCAGUAAAGCAGGACUGGGAAUGGUAUUGAAUCGUGCAUUCUGGUCCUUAACGAAUGGGAUCGGCUUCCACAUCCCUCUUGCAUGGCUUUGGGAUCCUAGGGAUCGGGCCGGAAUCGAUAUGUACCAUAGUAUGAAUAAUGGAUAUAGAGUCAUUGGAUCAUAUCUGAAUGAUGCGCUGAAUUCCAUGUCCUCCGUAUCCAAUUCCAAGGACAGCGUGCCAACUUCCGGAGACCCGACCCAAAUUCCGCGCGCAAUCAAAGGGAUGAAGACUCGUCCAGUGGACCGGUAG